UUUUCACACUUUUGUAAACAACAUGGCGAUUCACGGACUGGCCCUACUAGCCGACUGAACAAACACUGAGCUGUCAAACCUUCAGCUUUUUCGUGUUGCAAAUGUUAUACGGUGGAUAUUGCGGAAGUUAACGUUACACGUCGGGCACACCGAUAAGUUCGCAGCGAAACGACAAAGAGCUGGACUGACGGGAGCUGUCAAGACGACCGUUUGACUGUCAAGCGGCCCUCUUCAGUCUAUGGGCUCACAGUCCAGUUCUGGGAUGUCUGGUGGAAGGGGCUCUUCCAGUGGCAACCCAGCUGAGCAGUCUGACACAGCAGAAGCAAACCAGAGCAGCAGCAGCAGCAGCAGCAGCCGAGGCCGCAGGACGGCUGACAGGCAGCAAGGAGAGAGACAGCCGGCAUCAGAGGAGGACGUUGACUUAGCUGAAGUGCUGGCUUACCUACUGAGGAGGGGCCAGGUCAGACUGGUCCAUGGCAGUGGAGCUACAGGGCUGCAGCUGGUCCAGUCAUACUCGGACUCCGAUGAGGACAGUGAUGGAGCCUGGGAGGGUCGGUUGGGUGACCGCUACAAUCCACCAGUGGACACCCAACCCGACACACAUGAGGUGGAUCGGAGUGAGAUCAGAACUCAGAUCCUUCUGGCCACCGCCUCCUCUACCCUGAAAGGCCGACAAAGUUUCACCCACAUGCUAACAGAGAGAGAACAAGGCAGAUGUAGAGGCUCCAGUUUUUCCCAUGGAGAGUGCAGUCGUAUCCGCACGCAUUUUCUGCCAAACUAUGUAUCCCACAAGGAUACAUACCAGCAGAAAGCCUUCUGUGGAGUGUACAGCGAGGAUGGCAACAUGUUCCUCUCUGCCUGCCAAGAUCAGAACAUCCGCUUGUACGACACGACUAGGGGGCGCUUUCACCUACGGCGAACAGUGAAGGCUCGCGACGUGGGCUGGAGUGUGCUGGAUGUCUGCUUCACUCCUGACGCACAUCAUGUGCUCUACUCCAGCUGGUCUGACUACAUUCAUUUGUGCAGUAUAGAUGGAGACAGUGAAAACCACACCGCCCUGGACCUCAAUCCAGAUGAGAGGAGGUUCUGUGUGUUCUCACUGGCUGCGUCCACAGAUGGCAAUGAGAUCCUGGGAGGAGCAAACGAUGGCUGCCUUUACGUUUUUGAUCUUGAGCAGAAUAAACGAACGUUGAAGAUUGAUGCCCAUGAAGACGACGUGAAUGCGGUGGCGUUCGCCGACAGCUCGUCCCAGCUGCUCUUCUCUGGCAGCGAUGACGCUCUGUGCAAGGUGUGGGACAGACGGACGCUGCGGGAAGACAGACCGCAGCCUGUCGGACAGCUGGCCGGCCAUCGAGACGGCAUCACCUUCAUCCACAGCAAGGGUGAUGCACGCUAUCUGAUCAGCAACUCUAAGGACCAGUCCAUCAAGCUCUGGGACGUCAGGAAGUUCUCUCCCAAAGAGGGGUUGGCAGCUUCCCGACUGGCUGUCACCCAACAAAACUGGGAUUACCGCUGGCAGCAGGUUCCCCAGAGAGCGCUGAAGAGGCACAAGCUGACGGGCGACACCUCUGUGAUGACCUAUCGUGGUCACGGUGUUCUGCACACACUCAUCCGCUGCCGCUUCUCUCCAGAGUUCAGCACUGGACAGAGGUUCAUCUACUCUGGCUGUUCCACUGGCAAAAUCAUCAUUUAUGACGUGCUGACGGGCGCCGUAGUCUCCAGACUGUCGGGCCACGACGCGUGUGUGAGGGAUGUCAGUUGGCACCCGUAUGAGGACAACAUCGUCAGCAGCUCUUGGGACGGAGCGGUGCGGAUGUGGGAGCACAGACAGACCCAUCCUCUAGAGGAGGAGAGAGAGCGGGAGAGAGACUGACAGCAGGUGAAAGACUUUGAGACCGCGAGAGAAGAAGAGAGACAAAGAAAAAAGAUGUCAGCGGAAGAGACAUCACCACAGAAGGGGCCAGGCUGGCCCUAACAGAGAAGACGAUAAGCUCAGAAGGACCGGAGGGACUUAGAUACCUUUUAAAUUCAAUGCUGGAUAAUAAUAAUUACAGCUACAGCAUGGUUGUGAUGUGUUCAUUUGGAAGGCAUUAUAGCCUUAUGUUGUUAAGUGCAGAUUAGGACACAGUGGGACGGCCUGCUUCUGUUUUUCUUUUGUUUUUGCCUCACUCUUUUGCGCAAAGUCAACAGGCCAAACCCUUUGAAUUUGCCCCGAAGCACUUCAACUCACUUAAUCGGCUAUUGGUAUUUAAUGUGAAGUUAGUUACAUAAAAAUCAAUGUUUGAUAUUGCAGGGAAAAACUGAGGAUGAUAGUUCUGUAUAAAUGUAUAGUAUUUUAAUGGUAUGUGUGUGAUCAGGGAGUGUAUUUGGAUAGCUGUCAGUUCGACUUGGACUCAGUUUUGACGUUGCUGUCAUGAAUAACAGCUGUGUCCUGUUUAAAGGUUCUGUUAUGUUCAGAGUCCACGUUUAAACACCCAAAAUAUUAUAAAAAUCCAGUACAUGAAUUGCCAGUUUCCCAGAGUCGCAACUCCUAAACCUGGCUGUCACAUGACUUUUCCUGAGCUUACCAUUGGUCCACCACUUGGUCAGCUGGUCAGGGGCAACUUCCUGGUGGUCACCUUCCUAUGUGGGAAAUUUCCAGCAUACCAAGUUGACCCAGACACUCAAGCGCACUGUCAGUUUAACUGCCGAACUCAAAAUCAUUUUAUGCUAACUCCUUUUUAGACCGCCUCAAGUCUAAAGCCAACCCUUGUAUUUAGACACAGUGAUAGUCUGAGGACUUGUUAUUGAUCCUGGAUCAGCACUCAACUAUGUAAACACAAGUCCUGAAUCGAUAAAAAAAAAAAAGAAUGAAAAAAAAGAAGAGUAAUUUUGUUGGCCAAUGUAAUCCUGUGAUCUGUUUAAAAGAGUUGAAUGUGAGUGAUAAUACGUUGAGGUCACAGCUUGGUGAAAGGACCGGCGAUGUGUGCGUGGCACAAAACUUACACACUGAUCUGUAUAUGCAAUUUUCAGGUGUUUAUAUCAAAGCCCAUAUUUCACUUUCAGACUGUUGUUUUACAGGAACAAUAAAACCUCUCUUUAAAUGUA